AUGGCUACCGCGGUCGGCAGCUCAGCAGGACAAAUCCAGAAGACCCCAUUCGUUAGGGAGUUGGCUUCAAGUGAUCGCAAAGCUCGCGAUAAAGCUCUUGAAUCAUUAACACUAUUUCUACGUGCUCGCCGAGACUUGAGCCUUCUCGAACUCCUCAAGGUGUGGAAAGGGUUGUUUUACUGCUUCUAUCAUUCCGAUCGUCCUCUUACACAGCAAGCGCUCGCACGAGCACUUUCAUAUUCCCUCGUCCCAAGUCUACCGCGCGAGAGUCGGCUGCGUUUCUUGCGUGCUUUCUGGAUUACAAUUGGUCAGGAAUUUCAUGCGCUUGAUCGACUACGCCUGGAUAAAUACCUAUUCUUGAUUCGGUGUUAUGUCGGGGUCGCAUUUGAGGUUUUCUUGAAGGGCAAAAUAAAUAACAAGCUGGACUCGAAAGAGCAGGAAGGAAAAGCUGAUGACGAAGAUGAUGGGAAUAAGAAGAGAAAAAGAAAGGGAGAUUCCAAGAUAGCGAAGAAUGGGAAGAGGAGGAAACAAGACGAAAAACAACAGCAGCAGCAGCAACAAGAGGAAGAUGAAAAUGCAGAUGAAAAGUGGGCCGAAUUGGAAUCGUAUAUUUCUCUUCUCGAAGAAGGGCCUCUCUGUCCCAUCAAUUUCGAUGGCAGUGAAAAACCUACCUCGGAAGAUUCAAUACCCAUGCCUCAUGGUCCCGACGGUCUAAGGUACCAUAUCACUGAUAUUUGGCUUGAUGAGCUCGAGAAAGUCAUUUCACAGUACCUCCCCGAGAUGGAACAGAGAGAAGGAAAACAAAAUGGAGAAGAAGAAGAAGAAGGAGGCCAGAAGAUAAAGGAUUACCUCGAUGUCCCCAUUGAGCUAUUAUUGCGGCCAUUUGAAAAAUUGAAAACGGAGAGCCCGACGAAAUCAGUUCGGCUCAAGGUGGCGAGCGAGGUGUUAGAGGAUGAGAAAUUGGUUGAGUGGGGAUUUAGGGAGAAGCAAGUCGAGGAUGAAGAUGAGGAAGACGAAUGGAAUGGAUUGGAUGACUAA